AUGACGGACAUCUCUUUAAUAAGUAAGAACCAGCGGCGAAAACAGAAGAAAGCUCAAUGGCUGGCAGACCGAAAGUCAAUGCAAAUAGCUGAAGGUAUCAAGGUCUCAAGACGGAAGCGUCGGAAUGAGCGUCAAACUCGGAUGAUAGAAAAUGAGUCGCUGUCCGCUAUCGUCCACUACAAAGCGUGCACGUCCACCACUUGUAACAAUCGAAUAAUAGGAAACAACUGCAUCGUGCGCAGUAUUGAACCAUACUUACAUCACUUUGCGCUGUAUGUGAAAGGCCGUUGGGCUGGUCGCACACUGUGUGAAAUCUUCGCCGAUGAAUUUCCGACCCUUUCGACUGAAUACUGUGUGCGAGCUGCUCAGUUGGGCCUAAUUCGUGUGAACGGAAACAAUGUGCUGCUAGAUACGGUGAUCAAUGCUGGAGACUUCUUUGAGCAUAUCAAACAUCGACAUGAGCCUGAUGUUCAUUUGCCAUUGCAAAAUGUCAUGGAAAUGUCGACAUUGUCGUCGUUGUCCGAAACGUGGAUCCACGCAGAAACGGACGAGUUAAUGGUCGUAAACAAACCAUCGGGGGUUCCUGUGCAUCCAACUGGAAAUUAUCAAUUUAAUUCUUUAACUUUAAUGCUAGAGCAUGAUCGACGAGAUGCUGCAGUAAAAAAGAAGUUCCAGACAUUCGAGUUGUUUCCAGUUCAUCGAUUGGAUCGACUAACAUCAGGACUGCUGAUUCUCGCCAAAACUCCCGAUAAAGCACGAAGCCUAUCGUCUGAGCUUUCAGCUAAUUUUUUGGAUGGAGAUGCUGACUAUCGUUCUGUACAAAAAUUCUAUGUAGCACGCGUAAAAGGCGAGUUUCCGACUACAGCAAGUGGAUUUGCUCGGCUCACCUCAAAACUUGUAAAAAUUGUUAGCGCUAGUGACGAAUUCUGGCGCGUGACAGCUCCAAUUGGUUUGAUGUCACCACGCCAAGGACACAAACGAUGUGUGAUUGCGUCACCCGAUUCCAAAUCAUGUAUGACGCUGCUGCGUCGUCGUGGAACCCCGAUCGGUGGUGAAAGCAUUGUUGAAUGUCUCCUUGUGACAGGAAGAACUCAUCAAAUUCGAGUGCAUUUGCAACACCUGGGGUUUCCUAUUGUAAAUGAUCCGCUGUACGGUCCUGAAAACAAUGACAAGCAAACGAAAGCUGCAUUGGAACAAGUUUCAAGCAUACUUCAUCCCACUGCAAAGUCUUUUAAUUUCAAGGAAGAAAUAUUGAGAAACACCGAGGAUAAAUGCGUUCAAGCUUGCGAAAUUUGCACUGCUGAGCAUAAAAAAGAUGUGGCUGUAGAUGUCGGAGAUGCAAAUUUGUGGUUGCAUUCUUAUCGAUAUGAGUCGGCGAAUUGGAAAUUUGAGGUGCCACUGCCGCAGUGGGCAAAGCUAUACGGUACAAUCGACACAUGCCAACCGGAUACAUAA